AUGGGAAGCGGCUGGCUCCACAGGCAAGAGUUCCUCCUCUCCUGCGUCCUCCACCUGCUGCUCCAGGAUGCACACCUUCAGCUGAUGACAUCGUUCCUGUGGAUAAAUAUGGUAUGGCAAAUUCAGUGGAACCCAGAUGAAUGUGGGGGCAUCAAGAAGCUCAGUCUGGCAACUGAGAACCUGUGGCUUCCAGAUAUAUUCAUCCAGGAGUUCAUGAAUGUGGAUCAGACACCUGCAGGUCUCAUGGCUAUGUCAGCAGUGAAGGUCAUAUCAAAUAUGAUAAGCCAAUGCAGGUGGUCAGCAUCUGUAAACUGGACAUCUUCUAUUUCCCCUUUGAUGAACAGAACUGCACACUCUCCUUUAGCUCUUUCACCUACACAGGUGAGCAGGGCAUGGAGAAGGAAGUGCAAGAACUUGCGAACACAUCACGAAACCUCAUUCAGAGCAAGGGAGUGGGUACUUCUGGAUAUCUACCAAAGAACGAUAAGGAUAACCGUGGACACCAACCAGUACGACCAAAUCAUUUUCUAUGUGGCCAUCAGGCGUAGGCCCAGCCUCUACAUCAUAAACCUGCUGGUGCCCAGUAGCUUCCUGAUGACCAUCGACGCCUUCAGCUUCUACCUGCCAGCCGAGAGCGAGAAUCGUGCCCCAUUCAAGAUGACCCUUUUACUGGGCUACAACGUCUUCCUGCUCAUGAUGAAUGACUUACUCCCUGCUCGUGGCACUUCUCUCAUCAGUAUGCCCCUCCCUCCAUCAAGAAAACAACAAUGGGAUGGGAUGAAGGCCUUCCCUCCAGGUGUCUACUUUGCCCUGUGCCUGUCCCUGAUGGUGGCCAGCCUGCUGGAGACCAUCUUCAUCACCUACCUGCUGCACCUGGCCACCACCCAGCCCCCACCCAUGCCUCGAUGGCUCCACGCCCUGCUGCUGCACUGCACCAGCCCAAGGAAAUGUUGCCCCACUGCACCCCAGAAGGGAAAUAAGGGCCUGGGUCUCACCACCACCCACCUGCCUGGCCUGAAGGAGCCAGUGGAGUUAGUGGGGAAGGUACCAGGCCCCGGAGAGGCAGAACUGACUGGAAGCUCAGGAUGGCCAAGGGCCCAGCAGGAACAAGAGGCCCGGGAGCAGCCCUCCGUGGAGCUGUGGGUGCAGUUCAGCCACGCGAUGGACACCCUGCUCUUCCGCCUCUACCUGCUCUUCAUGGCCUCCUCCAUCCUCACCGUCAUCGUCCUCUGGAACACCUAG